GGCAAACGGAAGGAGGAGCUCCCAGUACCCUCUGUCCAUCACCCAUAAAGAGCCAGCCCAGCCUCACCAUUCCUGAGCACGGCUGGAGAGAUGAGACCAUCACGCCACCUCCCCCUAACGGGGCUGCUAUUCUUUUCUCUUAUUCCAAGUCAACUAUGCCAGAUCUGUGUGGUAAAUGAAACGAACUUCUGGCGUCUAGAACCUCUGAUAAACAGGAUGCUAAAUGCAAACUACCCCAAAGGAACCCUAGGUCUCAAUGUUCUGUUGACCUUCAGACUUGUUGGGAUUAAGAAUCAAAGCCUAGAACAACAGCUGAGGCAACAAAUCAAAGAAGACAUAAACAGCGGAGAGAUGGAGUUAACCUUGGGAGAGCUUGCCUUGGGUAUUCUGGGUUUGGGAGCAUGUGAAAAUCAGGAUGAAGAGUUUAUACAUGGUGCUCGUCUGGUUAGCAAACUUGAAGCCAAAUUCCAAGCAGAAAUUCAGAAUAUGGAGGCGCACGACGGCAACCCACUGACCAACUACUACCAGCUCAGCCUGGCCCUGUUGGCCUUGUGUCUGUUCAACGGCAGCUACUCAAUCACCAGUGUUACUGAUUACUUCACUCCUGAAAAUAAGAACUAUUAUUUUGAGGACCAGUUCUCAGUAGAUACUGGAGCGAUGGCUGUUCUUGCUCUAACAUGUGUGCAGAGGAAUACACAAAAGAAGAUGGAUGUGAAUACAGAGGGUAAAAUCAGUAAUUACGUGGCAUCACUGGCAAACAAGAUCCAGGCUGAGGGAAAACAGGGUCUCUUUGGAAACAUAUUUAGCACGGGAGACGCUAUGCAGGCUCUCUUUGUCUCAUCGGACUAUUACAAAAAUGAAGCAAAUUGCAGAGAAACUCUACGUGCAGUAUUUGACAACAUUUCUCGGGGAGCAUUUUACUCACCGAUUUCUGCAGCCCAGAUCUUACCUGCCUUGAUGGGAAAGACCUAUCUGGAUGUCACCAACCCUUCUUGCGGCCACAAUUCAGUCAAAUUCAACACCUGCACUGAAAAGCCAGGUACUGUGGCACCCACAAGUGCACCCGGGAACAUCUUAGUCAAAUACUCCGUGCGAAUCAAUGAGACGAGUCACACCGAAGUCACCGUGAGAAAGGGUUCCGUCUUCCUCGACGUGAUGAAGGCUGCUCAGGAGAAAAAUGAGACCCUAUUUCGCUUCACAGUGGAGGAGACCAUGUGGGGCCCCUACGUCACCUCUGUUCAGGGCAUAAGGGCCAACAAUAAUGACAGAACCUAUUGGAAACUUCUGAGCAAUGGCCAGCCACUGAGCCAAGGAGCUGGGAGUCAUGUUGUCCAAAAUGGAGACAAUUUGGAGGUUCGUUGGAGCAAAUACUAAUAAUUCAAACCUUCCUCAGCUGGGUCUGAGCCUUUUGUGGUACAGUUCUAUGUGGAAAUUGAUCUUACACGCUCCUUUUCAUUUAUAUCUCAAUCCUCACAGCACAUCAAUAACCUCUACUUCUCUCUUUGAGUGU